AGUCUCCAUUGUUGUUUUCUUUCUUGAGUGGUUGUAAACACAUUGAAGAAAAGUGAAAAAAUCAUUUUUCUGUGAUUUUCCUGCCAUGGAGGGUAAUCGAGAUGAGGCUAGAAGGUGCAUAGAACGUGCUUACAUAUAUUUAAAAUCAAGAAAUGUGGAAAAUGCCCGGAAAUUCGCUCUGAAAGCCCAAAAACUUUAUCCCUCGAUUCAGGGUCAGAAUCUUCUCAAUGAGAUUGAUUCCCUGACCGAGGGAAGUAGUGCAAAUGGGGAAGUGCCUCAUGAUGAGCCCCAGUAUCAAGAGGAGCAAGAAGUAAAAUACACACAGGAACAAGUAAAUCUUGUGACACGAAUAAAGAAAGCCAAAAAUUUCUAUGAAAUGCUGGGUGUUACUAAAGAUUCCACAGACAGUGAAAUCCGGAAGUCCUACAAGAAAUUGGCUCUGCACCUUCAUCCAGACAAAAAUCACGCUCCAGGAUCCGUUGAAGCCUUCAAAGCAUUGGGUAAUGCUGUGGCUGUACUGACGGAUCCGGAAAAGAAGAAAAACUAUGAUCUAUUUGGAGAUAGGAGUUUCUCCAGCGGCAGGAAUGCAUCUCAUAGACACAAUCAGGAUAUGUAUCGUGAAUUUCAGUCGGAUGAAGCUGCCGAGGAGCUUUUUAAUAUGUUUUUCAGGGAUGGGUUUUCAUCAAAUUCCGGACAUCGACGGUAUACCCACCGUCAUCAUGAUAACAAUCAGCCAAGUCUGGCCUUUGGGCUUAUCCUUGUUCUUGUGGUGGUUUCACUCAUGUCAACAUUCCUCACAUCAGAUCCACUUUACAGCCUCCAGCAGUCCUCAAAAUAUCCAGUGGCCAGGAAAACAGCUGAACUUUCAAUACCCUACUACGUUAGGCAUAAUUUCCAGCAGGACUAUACUGGAUCACUGGCUAGACUCGAGCUUUCCGUGGAGGAAGAGUAUAUCAUUGGGAUGAAGAAAAUGUGCAUGAGAGAACGACACUACAGAGAUGCAAUGAUGUCCCGUGCACAGCACUUUGGCAACAAGGAGCACUUCUCACAGGCUCAAUCACUAAAGACACCCUCCUGUGAUACACUUUAUCGCAUUGGAAGAUAUAAUUUUUAGUUUUAUUAGCCAAAAUUGUAAAAAAAAAAUUGAUGGGAAAAAUGCACUGUGUCCGUUGCGUUAGAAAAA